GUGUGGGAGGGUCCAUGAUGAUGAGCCUGCUAGCAGCCCUGGACAGGCUAGCUGUGUGGAGCUAGCGUGCUACCAAACUGUGCAGUUUAUUUUCGGGACAACACGAUGAAGAACAUCAUGAAGUAUUACAGACUUGUUCCACUACAACAUAUUGACAGCUUCACCGGUAGAUAGGGGCGUCUUUUCUCCACCACAGCGGGUCUAUCCCGACCCUCGGUGCCCUUGUUUGGAUGGACCAGAGCUAGCACCGCUGCUGGAGACGGAUGGAUUUAGUCGGCUAGCCGCGGCUAACGGGAGGACUAGCUUUGAUGCUAACCGGUUGGCGUCAGUUGGUUGACAUCACUCGUCUGAUAAUUACCGGGCUCUGUAAAUAGCAGAUUUGUUGGUACGACCAUGCCUCCAAGGCCUUCCUCAGGAGAACUAUGGGGGAUGCACUUGAUGCCCCCCAGCAUCCUAGUGGACUGCCUUCUGCCAAAUGGCAUGAUUCUCACAUUGGAGUGCCUCCGGGAGGCCACGCUGAUCACAGUCAAGCAUGAGCUUUUUAAAGAGGCCAGGAAGUACCCUCUUUACCAUCUGCUGCAGGAGGAGAGCUCCUACAUCUUUGUCAGUGUCACCCAGGAGGCAGAGCGGGAGGAGUUUUACGAUGAGACCAGAAGGUUGUGCGAUCUCAGGCUCUUCCAGGCCUUCCUCAAAGUCAUUGAGCCAGUAGGCAACAGAGAAGAGAAAAUUCUCAACAGAGAGAUAGGUUUUGCUAUUGGAAUGCCUAUAUGCGAGUUUGAUUUGGUGAAAGACCCAGAGGUGCAAGACUUCAGAAGGAACAUUUUAAAUGUUUGCAAAGAGGCUGUGGACCUCAGAGACAGUAACGGACCCCACAGCAGAGCUUUGUACGUGUAUCCUCCCAAUGUAGAAUCCUCUGUCGAACUUCCCAGGCACAUCUAUAACAAGCUAGAUAAAGGUCAAAUCAUUGUGGUCAUAUGGGUUAUUGUGUCACCCAGCAAUGACAAGCAGAAGUAUACCUUGAAGAUCAACCACGACUACGUGCCGGAGCAGGUGAUUGCCGAAGCCAUCCGUAAGAAGACGCGCAGCAUGCUGCUCUCCCAGGAGCAGCUAAAGAUGUGUGUCCAGGAGUAUCAGGGAAAGUACAUCCUCAAAGUCUGCGGCUGCGACGAGUACUUACUGGAGAAAUACCCUCUGAGUCAGUACAAGUAUGUGCGCAGCUGUAUUAUGCUGGGACGGAUGCCCAACUUGAUGCUAAUGGCAAAAGACAGCCUGUAUUCCCAGCUGCCCAUGGACAACUUCACCAUGCCGUCGUACGCGAGGCGAAUAUCCACUGCAACUCCCUACAUGAAUGGGGAAACAGCCACCAAGUCUCUGUGGACUAUCAACGGCACGCUGAGGAUCAGGAUACUGUGUGCCACUUACGUCAAUGUCAACAUCAGAGACAUUGACAAGAUCUACGUCAGGACUGGGAUAUACCACGGUGGAGAGCAGUUGUGCGACAAUGUCAACACCCAGCGCGUGCCCUGCUCGAAUCCCAGGUGGAACGAGUGGCUGAACUACGACAUGUACAUUCCAGACAUCCCCCGUGCUGCCCGGCUCUGCCUCUCUAUCUGCUCUGUGAAAGGAAGGAAGGGAGCUAAAGAGGAGCAUUGUCCUCUGGCCUGGGGCAACAUCAACCUGUUUGACUACACCCACACACUAGUAGCAGGAAAAAUGGCUCUCAACCUAUGGCCUGUCCCACACGGCCUGGAAGACCUGCUCAACCCUAUCGGAGUUACAGGCUCCAACCCAAACAAGGAAACCCCUUGUCUGGAGCUGGAGUUUGACCAUUUCAGUUGCCCCGUCAAGUACCCUGAUAUGACCAUCAUUGAGGACCACGCCAACUGGAAUAUAUCCAGAGAGCUUGGCUUUAAUUACUGUCACACCGGUUUGAGUAACAGACUGGCGCGUGACAACCCCCUGACUGACACUGACAACGAGCAGCUACGACAGGUGUGCAACAGAGACCCGCUGUCUGAAAUCACUGAGCAGGAGAAAGACUUUGUAUGGAGGCACAGACAAGACUGUGUAAACAUGCCAGAGAUCCUUCCCAAGAUCCUCCUGGCAGUGAAAUGGAACUCCAGAGAUGAGAUUGCACAGAUGUACUGCCUCCUGAAGGACUGGCCUACUAUCAAACCGGAGCAAGCCAUGGAGUUGCUGGAUUGCAACUUCCCUGAUCCCAUGAUCAGAGAGUUUGCCGUAAAGUGCCUUGAGAAAUAUCUAACUGAUGACAAACUCUCUCAGUACCUCAUUCAGCUGGUUCAGGUUCUAAAGUAUGAGCAGUACCUUGAUAACCCACUUGCACGCUUCCUGCUGAAAAAGGCAUUAACCAAUCAGAGGAUAGGACAUUUCUUCUUCUGGCAUUUAAAGUCGGAGAUGCACAACAAAACAGUGAGCCAGCGGUUUGGCCUGCUGCUGGAGUCGUACUGCCGAGCCUGUGGCAUGUACCUGAAGCACCUGAGCAGACAGGUGGAGGCCAUGGAGAAACUCAUCAAUCUCACUGACCUCCUCAAACAGGAGAAAAAAGAUGAGGCACAGAAGGUUCAAAUGAAGUUCCUGGUGGAGCAGAUGAGAAGGCCUGAUUACAUGGACGCCCUGCAGAGCUUCACCUCCCCGCUGAAUCCAGCACAUCAGCUUGGGAACCUCCGCCUGGAGGAAUGCAGGAUGAUGUCGUCAGCCAAGCGACCUCUGUGGCUUAAUUGGGAAAACCCAGAUAUGAUGUCAGAGCUGCUUUUUCAAAACAACGAAAUCAUCUUCAAAAAUGGAGACGAUCUGAGGCAGGACAUGCUGACGCUGCAGAUCAUUAGGAUAAUGGAGAACAUCUGGCAGAACCAAGGCCUUGAUCUCAGGAUGCUGCCGUAUGGUUGCCUGUCAAUCGGCGACUGCGUGGGUUUGAUCGAAGUGGUGAGGAACUCUCACACCAUCAUGCAGAUCCAGUGUAAAGGAGGCCUAAAGGGGGCGCUGCAGUUCAACAGCCACACACUGCAUCAGUGGCUCAAGGAUAAGAACAAGGGAGAGAUGUAUGACCAGGCCAUAGAUCUGUUCACUCGGUCGUGUGCAGGCUACUGUGUAGCCACUUUUAUCCUGGGCAUAGGGGACAGACACAAUAGUAACAUAAUGGUCAAAGAUGACGGACAGCUGUUCCACAUAGACUUUGGACAUUUUCUUGACCACAAAAAGAAGAAGUUUGGGUACAAGAGAGAACGCGUGCCCUUCGUGCUCACACAGGACUUCUUGAUCGUUAUUAGCAAAGGAACCCAAGAGUGCACCAAAACGAGGGAGUUCGAAAGGUUCCAGGAGAUGUGUUACAAGGCGUACCUGGCGAUCCGGCAGCACGCCAACCUCUUCAUCAACCUCUUCUCCAUGAUGCUGGGCUCCGGGAUGCCCGAGCUGCAGUCGUUCGACGACAUCGCUUACAUCAGGAAGACCCUCGCCUUGGACAAGACGGAGCAGGAGGCCCUGGACUACUUCAUGAAGCAGAUGAACGACGCUCACCACGGCGGCUGGACGACCAAAAUGGACUGGAUCUUCCACACAAUCCGCCAGCACGCCAUGAACUGAAGUGAAGUGACGAUUAAUACAAGAGAGGAGUAAAGGACUGUGUCAACAACAGCACACUAAGAACCAAAAGAAUAGUGAGAAGGGAGCGGGGUAUUUCCCCAAACACACUAAAAGGCCUGGUUUAUGCUUCUGCCAGCAUGUGACUCUGAAACGUUUCCUGCCAGCGCACCAGGUUGCUCCGAAGGGCCUAUUUCAGGGACAUGAUGCCUAAAAAAAAGCUCCAGCAGGUCUCUGAAUUUCUUCUCCUGCACUAUGAACUUCAGAAGGCAGCGUGGAGUUUUUAUUUCAUCAGUCUUCAUAGGAACUAAACAAGUGUAACGGACCUCGACAACAUUGGCCUUCUUCGUGUGAACAAACUAUGGGCAAAUCUUUAUUUUUCUUAUGUUUUUAAAAAAAUAAAUCAGUACAUCUACAACCAUCAGCAUUAAGAAAGGAACAUCAUGAAGUGGUGUACCACGAGCACAGCCGGCUUUUUCUAACGAUGAACUGACUGCUUUAUUUCCACUACCUAUUUUUUUUGAACUGAUGAGGACGGCACACAGCUAAGGCCAGCAGAGACAGAAUGAAAGGGACGAUGAGAAGCCUGGCAGGUGCCCGCAAAAAAAAUAAAUCCUCAUGACCCCUUACAAUCAUUAAAAAAAACAACAAUCAUCAACACUCUUACUACAGGACUGACGUGUUGUUAAACACUUAACUAGCAUUUAACGCUUUUGGAGCAACUGACAUUUAAACGUAUUUGUAGCCUACAGAUGACGUGUCCUCAGUUUAAAAAGCACGACAGAUAACUGACUUUUGUACAGCAGUAUAUAUAUCCAUAAACUUGUAUGCAUUCGGUGCACAUAUUCCUUUUUGAGUCUAUUUUCUACUGAGCCAAAGUACUAGAUGUGUAACCCCCACUACUCAGCAGUCUUAUUGUAAAAAACAAAAAUAGUCACUACUAUUCCAAAUCACUUGUGUGUACUCCUAGCACUGAUCUCUGCAGUAUUUGUUUUGUUUUCGUCCAUCAGUAUUAUUCUGUGUCCGACGUCGAGGCACAAAUGUCCGUCAUCCGCCCCACGCACUCGGAACAGGAGCCGAAUGAGACACGAUGAGUUGUUAUUCGGCUGAUAAAGGCAGGAAAACGCAGGGGGGAAAGGAUGUGCAGUGUUCCUUUUGUGUGCUGUGCUGUUACACUAUGCAAGUUGUGAUCCUAAAAUGUAUUUUAUACUGCAAGAAAAAAAAAAGAAGAAAAAAAAAAGAUGUCAGAGCGAGGCAGAGAGAGAUGCAUCUCCCCUGACAUGCUCACACAGACAAGUGUGUCAGUGAACUUUGUACAGACAGUACACGGAAGAAGAAGAAAAAAAUGCUGCACUGUAACAGAAUCGUCUACUUCUUCCCGACAAAAAGAACUGUGAGAAACGCCUUUGGACCCUGCCUUUUUUUUUUUUUUUUUGCUUUUCCUUACCAGGUUUCUAUUUCAAUCUAAGCCAUGUUGCAAAAUCUGUCGCUCCUGUCCUCUUGUUCUCACACGUGUGACGGAUAAUUUCUCUUCACGUUUGCCAUAUGGUCCCAGAUUGUAACAUCAGGGUAAAGAAAAGUAACCGAAGUGAAUUUUUUUUGUUUUGUUUUUUCAAGUGUCUUCUUCCCUCCUCUUUUCCUAUGAUUGUCGCCCUUAUGUGUGGAAGUGCUCGCUGCACAGACGCAUACGUAAGAGGUCAGUAAAUGUUCCAGCUUUACCAAAUGAUAAAACACAACAGGUGCGGUUUCCUGAACACGAGUCUCGUCUGAAAGUCCGAUAUCUUUUUCUGUAAAGGACUUUUAAAAAAAAAAAAAAUGCUCAGGAAACCGAUCCUGCUGAGAUGCAUUUGCUUCUGUACGGGCUACAGAGCAAUGGGCCGGACCCAAACUGAGAAAACUAGACCCCAUAUACUUUAUGGAAGAACUCUCUAAAUGAUUUCCCUUUGUACUUUCUGUUUCUCACACUGCAUUAUGCAUGAGGUCCUCAAAUAUCUUCUUUUUUUCCCUUUUGUUUGACCUGAUGUUGUUUACUUGAAUUUCAUGUAUAGAAAUGACCUUGUUACUUGUGUGAGGUACAACAAAGUCACAAUGAAGGUAACAGAUACUGAUAACUGCUACUACAUGUGCAAAUGCUUUCCUUGAAUUACUACAGAGGUAAUAUAUUUUUGUAUUUUUAAAUGUAAGCAAACUCAUAUAUGUAACUGCUAACCAAAAAAAAGAAAAAAAGACAAAAAAAACCCCAAGGAGGAAUCAUGCAUAACGUGCACCAUCCUCAUACGAAACCCAGUAGACAGCUUCUAGUUGUUGAAACGAUAUGAAUGACAAAGCAGACGUGGAUUGUUGAAUGAAGGACUUGAUGCUGUUGUCGGAGGACGAUCUUCACGUCAAGUGGAGAUCGCUCGCUCUUUAGUGGAAGUCUGUAAGCACAAUAAGGAGAAAGAAGCUACCCUGCAUGUUUUUAAACCGAAACCACAGUCAUAUGUUAGUUAUAUAUCCAUCUGUAUAUAUAUAUCAUAAAAAAACUCUUCAAAUACUUGUUUUAGUCAUGCUCAUAUGACCAUGUCUGAUAAGAAACUGUAUGCAUUCAUUUAUUGUACUGUUGAAUAAACACAUUUCUCCCCAUUUUA